AUGUCCGUCCAGACCGUCUCCAUUACUCCCUUCACCGACCAGAAGCCGGGAACCUCCGGUCUUCGUAAGAAGGUCAAGGUCUUCCAGCAGGCCAACUACUCCGAAUCCUUCGUUACUAGCAUCAUCCUCUCCAUCCCCGAGGGCGCUGAGGGCGCUUUCCUCGUCAUCGGUGGCGAUGGCCGCUACUACAACACCGAGGUCAUCCAGAAGAUUGCCAAAAUCGGUGCCGCUUAUGGUGUCAAGAAGCUGCUGGUCGGCCAGAAUGGCAUCCUCUCCACCCCCGCUGCCAGCAACCUCAUCCGCAAGCGCAAGGCCACCGGUGGUAUCCUCCUGACGGCCAGUCACAACCCUGGUGGCCCUGAGAACGACUUCGGUAUCAAGUACAACCUUGCCAAUGGCGCUCCUGCCCCCGAAUCCGUCACCAACAAGAUCUUCGAAACCUCCAAGUCCCUCACCUCCUACAAGUACAUUGACAUCCCCGAUGUUGACACCACCACCAUCGGCUCCAAGACCUACGGCCCCAUCGAGGUUGAGGUCGUCCACUCCACCACCGACUACGUCACCAUGAUGAAGGAGAUCUUCGACUUCGACCUCAUCCGCGACUUCCUCAAGACUCACAAGGACUUCAAGGUGCUGUUCGAUGGUAUGCACGGUGUUACUGGCCCCUACGGUGUUGACAUCUUCGUCAACGAGCUGGGUCUGCCCGCUAGCAGCACCAUGAACUGCGAGCCCAAGCCCGACUUCGGCGGUGGCCACCCCGACCCCAACCUGGUUUACGCCCACGAGCUCGUUGAGAGCGUUGACAAGAAUGGCAUCCACUUCGGUGCUGCCAGUGAUGGUGACGGUGACCGUAACAUGAUCUACGGCGCCAACACCUUCGUCUCCCCCGGUGACAGUCUGGCUAUCAUUGCCCACCACGCCAAGCUCAUCCCCUACUUCCAGAAGCAGGGCGUCUACGGCCUGGCGCGCUCCAUGCCCACCUCCGGUGCUGUCGACCGCGUGGCCAAGGCCCAGGGCCUGCAGAGCUACGAGGUCCCCACGGGCUGGAAGUUCUUCUGCAACUUGUUCGACAACCAGAAGAUCUCCAUCUGUGGUGAGGAGAGUUUCGGUACUGGCAGCAACCACAUCCGUGAGAAGGACGGCCUGUGGGCCAUUGUGGCCUGGCUGAACGUCAUCGCUGGCGUUGCCAAGCAGAAGCCCAGCGAGACCCCCAGCAUCGCUUCCAUCCAGAACGAGUUCUGGCAGACCUACGGCCGUACCUUCUUCACCCGGUACGACUACGAGAACGUCGACAGCGACGGCGCCAACAAGGUGAUCGCCACGCUGUCGGAGAAGGUCGACAACAAGGACACCUUCGUUGGCUCGACCGUGUCCGGCCGCAAGGUCGUCGACGUCGGCAACUUCGCCUACACCGACCUGGACGGCAGCGUGACCAAGAACCAGGGUCUGUACGUCAAGUUCGAUGACGGCAGCCGCAUCGUCGUCCGUCUGUCUGGCACUGGCAGCAGCGGCGCCACGAUCCGUCUGUACAUCGAGAAGUACGAGAACGACGCCAGCAAGCUCGGUCUCGCCACGGAUGAGUACCUGAAGGACAACGUGGCUCUGGCUCUGGAGCUGCUCAAGUUCAAGGAGUACAUUGGCCGUGAGGAGCCUGAUGUCCGCACCUAA